AUGCUUCUUCACGCCGACCCGAGCCUGGCCGAGGUCCCAGGCUUCAGAAAAGAGCAAUUGGACGCCUUGGCCCGCAGCGUCGAGCUGAGGAGGCAGCAGCUCGAGGACGACAUCAACGACUACAUAAAGGCCAAGCAGGACGAGCUGCGCAGAUAUGGCGACGAGCAAUCCGCCUCUGCAGAACAAACCAUUACCAGUAAUGCUCAAAGCAUUGCGUCACCGCUCGACCCAGAGCCCGAAGAGAGGAUCAAGCAGAAGAAGCACACCAGAGUCCACAAGCGGGAGAAGGAGCUCUAUGGCCUAGUUACGCCUGUCUUCCUUCCCUUGCUCGACGCACGCGACACGUCGCCGGAAAAGAAGAAGAAGAAGCCCAAGACUGAAGUCGCGCACGGCGCAAACACCACGCCCAAAUCAGCCCAGCCAGGAGCGUCAAGAGAUGCUGAGCAGAGCAAAGACGGCCGGAAGUCUAGCAAGGACAAUACGAACAUGGAAUGCGCUGCCCCGGAGGAGCCAGCCAAGGAGAAUCACCCAGCCGAGACAGUCAAAAAGGCCAAGCGCACCACCAUGAAGAAGUCUGCGCUGCGACACAAGGACAAGCCUCGAUCGCAGCGGAAGCGAGUCAGUCUGGUCAUUGACGGCCAAACCGUCCUGCCCGCAGAUACCGUCGAGGAACCACCCCUCACAUCGCCCAGCAGCGAAGCAACGUCCGCCUCAAACUCAACGGCAUCGCUCGACGACAUGAUAGAUCCGCGACUCACCACCCCAGAGCCACCAGUCUACCUCGAACACCGCGACGCCGUACAUCACAGCCUGCCCCUUCCCAUGACCAACGCUAUCAACUCGGCUGCAAAACCCCUGUCCGAAGCACCAAAUACCAUAUCCAUUGCCGCCGAACACUCUCCACCGCUCACCUCCCCACGCUCCCCCAGCAUACCUUUCGGCUCUGCCCAAACCGCAACGCGCACGUUUCUCGACCCGUCCCCCUCACUCCCUUUACAAGCCGUGCAUUCUAUCCCCGAAACUGCUGGUCCAGAUCCUAUCUAUUCGACCGCCGCCGCUACAAGCGCCGAACUUGAAAUCGACGACCUCGCAGACGACGACACCAACUUCGAUACCUACGUCGGCGGGUUACAUGGUAGUGGUGUAGAUGACGUGGACCAGGCGGGGAGCUAUGGCUACCCCAGUAGUCUGGGCGCCAGCUACAUGGAGAGCUAUAUGCAGAAUCGGCCAUUGAGCGUGAGGAUGCAGGCUGCGAAUAAAGCAGGGUUGGGUGAAGAAGAAAAGAGGAAGUUGCUCGAGGAGAAAGAUGAAGACGAGGCUGCAGAAGAUGACGACUUGGAUGAUGAUUUCAAGCAUAGUGGGAGUUUGAGGAACAACAAGGCGGUGGAUACGGGUGAUGAUAACUUCAUGGGAGAUAUGGAUGAUUUUUGA